AUAGUAGGUACGAGUACCCUACCUGGUACGGCAGCAUGCUGGGAUGGAGUCCAUUUUGUUGCAGCACUGCAAAAUCAAACUUGAAAUUGUUAGUGGAGGCUGAGGCAAUCAUAGUUGUACCAUUAGCCACCAACAAAACCAAUCCGAGUUCAUCUUGAACCAGAAUGGCGACAUACCAUUAUGCAAAUGAAGCGGAGCCGCCGCAAUUUCGUUCGACCGAUCACCGAGGCCCGCCACCCCCCUCUACGCCCUACCUUACGAAAAAGCUACUUACGAUGGUAACAUCCAGUGAAAAGCGCCAGCCUCGAUCUUCUCCGGCUUCUCCCGCUGAUAGCAUUGCGGAAGCCAUGAAGAACGACUUGGAAGAACUGGUUGGAUAUAUUGAUAAUUUGGCCUUUGAUCACGCGAACGAGACGGCGAAUAUCGCGGAAGCAGCGAGGACCCCGGCCAUGAACAAGCAGCUUUUUUCCGGAGAAGACCACCCACCCUUCGCAUCUCGUCCCAGAGAAAGGACGAGCGGUGGCAAGAACGUCUUUCGCGAUCGAACGAAUCGGUUCGGUGCGACCACUAGCCAGGCGACCACCGGAAACAAACUCGGAGGCAGUCUCAAAGUGGUGGGAACUGCUCUGGAAGAUCGAUCCUCGUCUUCCGUCCGCCUCGUGGCGUCGGUGGCAGAGCAACCGAUCACGGCGGACCCGGUUGGAACCCCGCUAACGCGCCAGGAACCUGCCGGAAGCCCUCCGCCACAGGAAGCCUCCUUGUACUUCCACGACGAGUCGCUGUCUCUGAUUUUGUCCGACAGCGAAGACACAAACGAUGGCAUUUUCGACAGGAGCCGCCCGGAAUCCGAGGCACCAAAGCGCGGACGAUGCACGAAGGAUACGGAACGGUCACCCAGGCUCUUGUCGGCCUUGCAACACGAUGGGUUUGUUUCGACGCCCACCCGCGCCAAAACGAUCUCGUUUCGGGCCGUUUCGAAGGACCCAACUCCUUCCAAGCCGGCGCCCUCCACCUCGGUCCUCGACACGAUGGGCAACGGCACACUGGACUCGUUGCGCGAAAGCAGCAACAUUUUCGACUCGGAAGAAAGCCCAUCGGACCCUUUUAGCGCCGCACGACACAGCGACUUGAAGGCAAGGAGGGGAACUCCCCAUCCUCGCCGUGUUUUUGACCGUUUGGGACGAGAGAGUUUGGACCGAAAAGGGAACGAAUGGUGGCGUGCGCGCCCCGUGCCGGCCGAGAACACCGCGGCAAGAUCCAUUUCCUUUCUUCCCGACGCAAAGGACGAUGAAUUUGCAGCCGAGGAAAACGGGAGCAAAUCAUUGCACUGGGGAGCGGAUGUUACCACCCCUCUUCCGCAUCGGCGUGAUACAGUGAAAGGGACUCCUCACCCGUUCGGCCGACGAAGUGAUUCCAGCGAUGCGGAUGAGCAUCUGGGUGAGAACGAUAAUUACAUGCAAAAAUCGGGUUUACAGCGCACCGUGCCCGAAACCCCAUUGGCGAAUCCAAAUACACUUAAGAACCUGGUGCUGACAAGUCCCGAAAGUGCGAGGAAACUUUUGAAAGAGGCCAUAACAGCCCUAAAGGAAGCCCGUGAAGAAAGAGAUGCGGCACGCGAGUGGGCAAGCAAUACCAAGGAAUCCGUCCUAAAAUGGGCAGAAAACCAGAGACAAUUGAUACGCACCGAAUCGGCACUGAGUAACUCUACUCCGAUCUCCUCCGAGUUUGCACAGCAACAGCAAUAUCAAACCUUCGAAACCUUGAUCGACAAUUUACGUAGUGAAAUCGAAGCCUCCAAGUCCAGCACAGAAGCUCAGCUUGAAACAAUGCGAUUGAAACAAGACGUGAAAAUUCAAGAACUGUCGCGUCAGCUGUCUGAUGUCAAGGAUAAAUUAUAUCGUUCCACAGAGGGGAAAGAGAUUGCCGGUUGCAACGAAUGCAAACAAUCCCAAAAGACCACCAAAUAUACCAAUGUUGAUGCACCAGGUUCAAUUCACAAGACUCCUCAAAACAACACAGCCGGGUUAACUCGCACUGCCAGUCGCUCCGAGAGAUCUAGUGGUUCUUCUCGCGGGAGUCAUCGCACUCGUCGGGCGACGCCAAACGGUGGCCAUUUGAUCGAUUACGGAAACGGUGUCACGAAAGAAAUCCAUCCGGACGGAACGACGGUCACCAGGUUCAAGAACGGGGACGUCGAGACGCGCUUUCCUCCCAAUUCUUCCACUGCCUCCUCUCCUUCGGCGUCGGCGAUGAUGGCAUACUAUCACUGCACAGAAGAGGUCCUGAAAAUCACUCUGCGGGAUGGGUCUGUCUUGUACGAAUAUGCAACGGGCCAGGUGGAAAGGCACUGUGCCAGUGGUGUCAAAAUCAUUCGGUUCCCCGAUGGAACGAAAACAAUCGUGUAAAACACAUCUGAGUGGCAUGGUAUGAAUUUUUGAUUUCUUUGGCACUUUGCACGUAUUUCAAACAGCAUUUGGACAGGGGGUUCCAAUAGCCUGUAAACAUAUUU